UUGCCCUUUGGUUCCCAGACCCAAAGCUUCCUGGCCCAGGUCCGCAGGCGAUGCCCCAGAGGAGGAGGUGGAGGAGUGGCAGGGCUUUCUGGGGAUGAAGACCCCGCUUGGAAGGGGAGGCCCCUGCUGCCCUCACUCCCCAGUGUUCCAGAGGGUACCCCUGAAGAGGCCAAGGCUAAGGCCAAGGUGGCGCCAGCAGCUGCUCCCAGGCCCACCAACCCCAGGAGUGAGGUGACAGGCGCCAUGGUGCGCUCCUCUCAGGUGCUGGUGCAGGAGGCGGUGCAGGGGGCCCCCGUCCAGGCCUUUGGGCUGAGAGAGACCCUCAUCCGCUCCCAACUCCUGCAGAGGGAGGAGGCCUACACCCACCUCCAGAGCUACAGGUUUUUUGUCGGCUCCUACAACGUGAAUGGCCAGUCGCCCAGAGAGAGCCUCCAGCACUGGCUGAGUCAAGACCCCAACCCCCCUGAUGUUUACUGUGUGGGCUUCCAGGAGCUGGACCUGAGCAAGGAAGCCUUUUUCUUCAACGACACCCCGAAAGAGGAGGAGUGGUUCAGAGCUGUGACAGAGAGCCUUCAUCCAGGGGCAAAGUACGCCAAGAUCAAACUGGUGCGCCUGGUGGGGAUCCUAUUACUGCUAUAUGUGAGGACGGAGCUUGCGGCGAACAUCUCUGAAGUGGAGGCAGAGACGGUUGGCACUGGCAUCAUGGGGAGGAUGGGCAACAAGGGCGGGGUAGGCAUCCGCUUCAAGCUCCACAACACCUCCAUCUGCCUAGUCAAUGCCCACCUGGCUGCCCACGCAGAAGAGUGUGAGAGGCGCAACCAGGACUUCCGUGACAUUGGUGCCCGCAUGCUCUUCGGGCAACUGGAAUCUGGACUCCCUGCCCUCACCAUCGCCAAGCAUGAUGUGGUCUUGUGGCUUGGGGACCUAAACUACAGGCUGGAGGAGCAGGACGUGGAGCGGGUCAAGAAGCUUGUGGAAGCCAGGGACUUCAGCAGCCUUCAGCAACAUGACCAGUUGAAGCGUCAAAUGGAGGCGAAGGUGGUCUUUGAAGGUUUCACAGAGGGAGAGAUUACCUUCCAGCCCACAUACAAGUACAACCCAGGCUCUGACGACUGGGAUACCAGUGAGAAGUGCCGUGUCCCCGCCUGGUGCGACCGGAUCCUCUUCAAAGGGAAGAGUGUCUCCCAGCUGAGCUACCGAAGCCACUCGGCCCUGAAGAUCAGUGACCACAAGCCUGUCAGUGCCUGCUUUGAUGUUGGUGUGAAGGUGGUGGAUGAGGAGCUGUAUCGACAAGUUUUUGAGGACAUUGUGCGCUCCUUGGAUAAGAUGGAGAAUGAAAGCAUCCCCUCUGUCACCCUCUCCAAAAGGGAGUUCUUUUUCAGGGACGUGAAGUACAUGCAGCUCCAGGUGCAGACCUUCUCCAUCCACAAUGGGCCUGUUCCCUGUCAGUUUGCAUUCAUCAACAAGCCAGAUGAAGAUAGCUUUUGCAAGCCAUGGUUAACGGCAAACCCCAACAAGGGCUUCCUCUUGCCAGACUCUGAGGUGACGGUUGAGUUGGAGCUCUUUGUGAAUAAAUCGACAGCCCCGGCCUUGAACUCUGGGGAAGAUCGGCUGGAGGACAUCUUGGUGCUUCAUCUUGAUCGGGGUAAGGAUUACUUCAUGUCUGUUUUGGGGAACUACCUGCCCAGCUGCUUCGGCACCUCGCUGCAAGCGCUCACCUUCAUGAGACAGCCCAUCCAAGAGAUGCCACCAGACACCAUCCGUAAGCUGAGCCUGCGGCCAUUGACAUCAAUAAACAGUGAGACUUUUUGGGACGAGAAGCCCCUGGACAUCCCUAAAGAGCUGUGGAUGAUGGUGGACUACCUCUAUCGCCAUGCCUCCCAACAGGAAGACCUGUUCCAGCAGCCAGGUAUGCGGUCUGAAUUUGAACAGAUUCGUGAUUGCUUGGACACGGGGAUGAUGGACACGCUGGUGGGCAGCAAUCAUUCUGUGGCUGAAGCGCUGCUCCUGUUUCUGGAGAGCCUCCCUGAGCCAGUCAUCUGCUCCAGCCUCUACAGCAGUUGCCUAGAAUGUGCUGACAGCUACAUCCUGAGCACGCAGGUGGUGUCCAUUCUGCCCAGGUGCCACAGGAAUGUCCUCAGUUACCUGAUGGCUUUCCUGCGGGAGCUGCUCCGACAUUCUGUGAAAAACCACUUGGACGUGAAUAUUCUGGCCAGCCUCUUUGGGGGCCUCCUGCUGCGCCCCCCUCCUGGGCACCCCAAGCCUGGUAUCGCGGAGAAGCGCCAGGCCCAGCAGUUCAUCCGGCAGUUCCUCCUGCGGGAAGGAGCCGCAAUGUGAAGUCAGCGACAGUAUUUUGUAAUUUUAUAUGCAGCAUUUUGUAUUUUCAGAAAGUAUUAGCUCUGCCAGUAUUUUGACACAGAGGCAAGACCAAGGUUGCCUUGGUUCCAAGAUGUGGCUUGAUUGAGAAAGAACUAGUAGCCAUGACACAAUAGCCGCAUUGCGGCAUUAGAAAGCACAUUAUGUUUCCUAGGGAGCUUUUGUAUUAAACUGAUCUACGCAGUCUUUGAA